AGUGAUUCAAAACUAUAUAAAUACUAUAUGGUGUGCAGUUAGCAUCAGAUAGUUACCUUAACUUUAUCAAUUCAUGAUGAUCGCUAAGAUUGCCCUUUUAUUUGCUGCUGUUGCAGCUGCACAAGCUUCUAUUAUUGCACCAGGACUCCUGUCACCUAUUGCAGCCAUUCCCACAGCAGUCAAGACUGGCUCCAUAGUAACAAUCCCUGGUGCAACCUCAGUCGACAAUAGAGUAAUUGUAUCCAAUGGCUUGGUUGGUACCACAGCAGUAAAAACUGGAUCAGUAGUAUCUCACUUGGCCUCUGGUUUAGUUGGUGCUCCUUUGCUCAACGCUGGAUUGCUCGGCGCACCCAUUAUGGGAAAGGGUUUGAUUGGAGCUCCACUGCUUAACACUGGAUUGAUUGGAGCACCUCUUUUAGGAAAAGGACUGGUUGGUGGUCCUCUUGCUAUCAACUCAGGAUUAGUUGCUCCUGGAGUUCUUGCUGCUCCUGGUCUUAUUUCUCCAAUCGGUUUACACGGAGCCGGUCUUCUUGCCGCUCCAGGAUUGGUGAAAACCAUUUUAUAAAUUUAUGUGUAAUUAUAAGUUGAUGUUAUUCCCAUUUUUUUUAAAUCAUUCUAUACAAUGUCCACAAACUCUUGAGGAAUUUUCUUUUAAGUAGAAGCAGAUAUGAUACUAUCAUUUCAUAAAUUACUUUCUCUUGUUUAACUUAUAGAUGUUUUCUUACUGUCCAAUUAUUCUGAGUAUUUUUUCCUGAAUGUAAUUAAAUUAUUUCUCUGUGAAAUUUCUUCAAUCAAUUUGUUAAUAAAUGUUUAAAUGUAACCAA